AUGGAGAAGAUUUGUGCAAACUGCUGCCAAAUGAUAAACGGCAUUGAAUUCGUCACAUGCCGUGGAUAUUGUGGUGGCAUAUUCCACUUGCAAUGUGCUGGCCAGUCGGUAGUGACACGUGCCCUUCUGGGCUAUUUCUCGUCACAUCGGAAAAAUCUCUUUUGGAUGUGCGAUGAAUGCGCUGAGCUGUUCAGCAAUUCCCAUCUCCGCUCCAUUACUAAGGUAGCAGAUGAAAAAUCUCCGCUGGCUGCACUCACGGAAGCAAUCACCAAUUUGCAAUCGGAAAUAAAGCAAUUGUCAUCUAGGCCCACUUCGUUGACCAUGUCACCCGCAGUGAAGCGUUGGCCCUCAUUAGAACCUGUUCGAGCUGCCAAACGUCUUCGUGGACCUGAUGUCACACAAAAAUCGUCUGAAUGUCAGUCUGGCUCUAAGCAGAUUGGGAAUGAUGUUGUAUCUGUUGCCAUCAGUACAAAACCAGCACCCAAAUUUUGGCUCUACCUGUCUCGCAUACGUCCCGAUGUGACCAAUGGGGAAAUUUCAGCAAUGGUGCGUGCAAAUUUGCAAUUAACCCAGGAUCCCGAUGUAGUCAAACUGGUCCCCAAAGGAGCAGACAUCGGCAACAUGACCUUCAUCUCGUUCAAAGUCGGGCUUGAUCCAGCUUUGAAAUCCAAAGCAAUGGACCCUUCGUCUUGGCCAGAGGGCAUCAUGUUCCGUGAGUUCGAGGAGAUUACUGUCCAAAAAUUUCGGAAACCUCCCGUUAUCAACCUGACGCCAACAUCCAUCACACCACCGGUAGAUGCAAUGCAGAAUUGA